AAAAAGAAAACCUGGUCGCAAGUCGAAGAUCGUCACCUUGGCAAUUUUUUUUCAGAUCAUCAAUGUCCACAGAUGCUCCCAACGAUCCUGUGACUUUCACUGUCAAUCGAUCGAAGAACGAAGACCCGACUACCGACUAGGACCACUACGUGUUACUCGCAGGCUUGUCUCAACAGCUACUUUGCUACAACUUCUUACCACUCACACUCUAGCUCUACACAAACUACAAUAACUUACUAUACACACUUCCUCUCGUACUUAGAGCUAGACUCUGUCGUUGCCCCGUACCACAGCGCACACGCAUACACACUACGACAGACGGUCGUCAGAUAUCAAGAAGAUGAUGGUCCUUCGACUUCUGUGGGCCACCGCGGCUGGGCACCAGCUUCUGAUGGCGCAAACAAACAUCAUUUCAGUUCAGGCCGCCUCCAGCAUUCCUUUUGACAACGUCGAGGGUCAGUGGGUUCAAUACCUGGAAGCCAAGGGCUGCCCGUGGCACUGGCAGGUUGUGACGCGGGAAUUUCCAGGCGGAGAUGGCUUUGAGAUGUUGGGCCGACUUAAUAGUGGAAUAGCCGCGAUGAAGUCGCAAGGAUAUCGGGACAUCACGCUAGUUGCGAUCAGUCCUGAAGGCGAGGAGUCCCGCCUUAAUAUGAAUGAAGAAGAAGAACAAGGUCUACAACCAACUACAGAUGAGCUCAGGGAGCAGCUCAUGGAGCAGCUGCUGGAGAGGCAUCCCGAAGAGCAGCUGCUGAAAGCUGAGCUGGAAAGGAGGAGAAAGUUGGAAAAGUCGAAACAAAAUGCUGGCGCCGCGUCCUCGGAGGGGGCCAAAUCUGAAACGCGGUCAAUCGGGAAAGUGGAGGAGCAAAAACCGAAAGAAAAAGCUGGCGCCGCGUCCUCGGAGAGGCAGGAUAAGAGGAAGAACAAGAAACAGGGCAUCUUUGGCUUCGCGAGCGGUUUUUUGGAGGAACCGGGGGCUAAAGCUAAACCGGCCGCCAAAUCUAAAAAAGUGCGCUUCGCACCCGAAAAUAAAGUGGAGAGCGGAGCUCCUGCUGAUGCGAAUCACGCCGGAUAUCCCGGGUCCUCGUCGCGCAUUGGCACGGGGGGCCAGAAGCGUGCAGCCACCAGCAAGUCCGAGCUCUUAGUGGGAGGUCGUGAAGACGUGACGAUUGAUGAGGAUAUGAACAAGAUGUUCGCAAAAUUGAUGUUGGCGGGGUCUAAUAGUGAUUGAUGUUGAGGGUGUCUUUACUUAAAGGAAAGAAAAGGCACUAUCUAGAGAACUCAAGAUGGCUGCUACGGCUAGCCUUUUAGAAGAAGCGAUGAAUUAUACUUCUCUGCUCGUCGUGUAUGAUUUAAUUCGAACCGCAAGAACGAUAUUAACAUGUAGUUGAAGAUACGGGCAUUACAUACUAGACUCUACAGAAACACAAACAACUACUAACUAUCUUUAUACCAGAAAGCUCUCGAGUAGGCAGACAGGGCGACCAGAGUGUUGCUCUGUUGGAGAGGGUGACUCCAGUAUAGCUACUGACGAAAAUUACUUUGUUUGGCUGGUUCUCACCUCAGAAGUGCGGAACUGGCCGGCCUUUGUUGUGUCUCACCAUCAGAAGUGCGAACUACGAGGGCCGGGGCGUACCACCUAAAAGUAAAACCUAAAGCUCCAAAAUAAAAGAUCGCGCUAAGUGUUCGAAAACUUUCGUUUUAUCGCGUGACCCUACUAAAGAUAAGGGAGCUGAUUUACAUCGCGUUUCGUUCUUCUCAUAAUCAUGAAUUUAUACUUCUACCUUGAAGUCUAAGUCUUUUUGAGAACUACCUUUUCUUAUUCUCGCCUGUACGUAGUUGCCGCACCCGCACCUCCCUCUUGAAUUUGGAGUAUUUCCACGGAUGGUGGAAGGUGUAGCCACCUUCUGCUUCUUGUCCUUGGGCGCUACAGAUAUCAAACAGGAGCUGACAAUUACUUUUUGAACAGAGAGAUUUUGGCAACAUGUGAAACGCGAUAGGGCUUUGUCAGCGUUAAAAAACUGGACCACUGCAGAUUAGCAAUUAUAAGCCGCUGCUCGAUUCCAUGGAGUUUGAGCGCGCACUUUUGUGAUAAAUAAAAAAAAGCGCGCGUGUGCCCUGUAGGCACGUAUUACCUACCAGUCGUGCGUCCAGACAAC